CUGUCAUGCAUGUUCACUUGAUCACUGCUGCAACAUGGCUCAUGGCCAUGUGCGCUGCAGAAGAGCGCCACGAAAAAGUGACCAAGCAAGCCAAUGACGCCGACAUCGUACUAGCAGCCAAUUUCGCCGUAGACGAGUUGAGAAAGUUGUCGGACACGGGUAUCUACACAACGCUUGACUUGGCUCAAAUCAAGGACGCGUCGAUCCAAGUCGGACAGUUCCACAUCAACACAUUUCUGCAACUGGAACUGGCGUCACCCCACUACAAGAGCUGCCUGGCCACGGAAUCGUUCUCUGUCGUCGUCAUGAAAAGUACCAUCGACGACGUGCUCAGCUUCGCCAUCGACACGUUUCCUGUCAUGGACGAAGCCGCGAUUGAAACGUUCUGGAUCGACAUGGUCGAACGCAAGCGGGCGGCGCGCGACGCUGUCUUUGCCAACUGGGCUAGCGAGCAUCAUCCCCACCCCCUUCCGUUGACAGGCCAGUCAUCCUCCUCACAUUCAAAGGACGAACUAUAGCCUGCAUGAAGCAUCGUUUGCAAUGACAAUAUACAGCUUGAAGGCAGAUGAUAUACAAUCAAUGGUCCCUAGCGU